CAUCACAUGACCACUCGCUGGUUAUCUAAUGGUCAUGUCCAGACUCCGGUCCCGGGAGAUGUCAGCCAGGCCGGGUUAUGGGGGGGAUCCUGUAUGAUCCCAGGUGCGCUGGUCACAUGACCCUCCCCCAUUACUACCUAUAUAAAGGGGCUCAUAGAGUCUGGGGGCAUCAGUAGGGUCUCAGUAUCAGGCAGGAUGGGGCUAUCAGAAGGGGAGAAGGCUUUGUUGUCUGCUGUGAUGGCCAAAGUAGCAGAGAAGAAGGAGGACAUUGGAUCUGAGGCCAUCACCAGGCUCCUGAAGGACCAUGAUGAAUUGAAGUCCCACUUUAGUCACAUGGACCUGACUCCUGGUUCUCAGGAUCUGAAGACUCAUGGAGGAAAGUACUGCCAAGCACUAGUAAAUGAAGUAAACCAUGCGGACAGCCUCAAAGAGCACAUGGCCAAGCUCCAAGACCAGCACACCAACACGCUGAAACUGAGCAAAGAACAGAUCAAGUGGCUGCUGGAUGAUAUUCGAGACCUCAUCGGAGAGACCUUCCCCAGUGACUUCAAUGAGGACACCCGGGUGGCUUGUGACAAGUACUUCUGUGAGGUCGCCAGUGUCCUGACCUCCAGCUGAGCUGGGACAAUACCUGAGGCUUCAUCGAGUG